AUGCAACUCUCCCAAUUCACGCUACUGGCCUCUAUGAAGAAGGGAAACAAGCCGGAUUUCCACCAAUCCGCAAACGGCGACCAAGCCAAGACACUAUACCACGCCUUCUUCAAGAAGGUCGGAUCCCUCUAUGAGUCCGACAAGGUCAAAGACGGACUUUUUGCUGCUAUGAUGGAUGUUGCUCUGGUCAACGAUGGGCCGGUCACUAUUCAAAUCGACACCAACCCACGGAAGACGGACGCUUCAACCUCGGGUGCUCCAAACGGAAGCAAUCGGCAGACAGUCGACGUUGAUGACCGCAAGUAG